GGGAAUGCAGGGUUUGAUGCCCAGGAGACAUUGGUGAAGCUGGAGGAAGAACUGGACUCCAACAUGGAGAGCGUGGGGGUGGACCUCGAGAGUGGAGGAGCCCUCAUCCCUUCUCAGGUCGGCAUCUACGACAACUACUGCGUGAAGAAGCAUCAGAUCAAUUCUGCGACGGUGAUUGCAAGCAACCUACUUCUGGUGGAUGAGGUGAUGCGUGCUGGAUUGUCCUCUCUCAAAUGAUCCAUCCUCUAACACAACAGUUGAUUGAAUUUGAAGAAUUCCAGUUUUCCAGUUCCGUAAUAAAAUGCAUCACAGUUCUUAUUUUCUGC